AUGGCCGCAUCAAAACCUAGCAUCCGCGCCCUCAGCGCUCUUGCUGCGGGUCCCCGCCUUCUUGGACCCCGCCUUACAGUCCGACAAUUGUCCAUGACUGGCUCGACAUCAUCUUCCUCCCUCACAACCGACAAGCCAUACGGCUCAAAUCGCUCUCGCGGUCCAAUUCGUCUCUCUGGUGAGCAAUCCGCCGCUGUGUCCGAAGCCCCCGAGACGGGCAACAACGUCCGCCGCUUCAACACCUCCAGGAGUAGGAAGGCCGUUGGCGACAGCAGCACCCUAGACUUUGCCUACAUUCCCGGCUUCGACCCGGAAACCAGGAGCGCGCCUCUGGGCAUCAGGGUGCCCAUCUUGCCAUGGGCUGACGUCCAGGGCCACUCUGCCGAGAGCGAGGGUGUGGUCCCCAUGCAGCCCACCAUCUACGCCGUCGGCAGUGACGGCACUCACAUCCACUCUCCCUCGGCCAUGUCCGACACCACCGACAACAACUCAUUUGGCUACCAGAGCAUCGCCAACACCGUCGCCAGCAAAUUCUCAGCUACCCGCCAGGAAGGCGAGGGCAUGGCCAGGCAAAUUUGGAAUGACCUUGUAGACGACAUCAUGGGUCCUAAACGUGGUUCCACCAGGGCUUAA